CGCUUUCAAACACAUUUAGAUCGAUCAAUUUGCUAUUCAAAUUAAAAGUUCACCUAGCCAACCAUUAAACACAACAGCUCAAUCUCCCCUCUUUGUAUCUAGCAAUAUCAAUUUAUCGGUUGUUCCAUGGAGAAGCCAGAAGGAUAUCCACAAGUAGACGAUAUUGCCACAUGUAACGAGCCAUCAAGUGCAAGCACUCCAUUUUUCGGCACCAAGAACGAUAUGUUACUGCUAGAGAGUGGCCUACUCCUGAGAAAUGUUAGUGACGUAGGUGACACUUACAACAGAUUUCAGUCAAAAAGUGGCAAAUCAGUUGAUCCAAGGUUGCUAGCUCUGGUGGAAUUCUUUAGAGAACUUUAUUUUCGAAGAUUUGAACUAUUCAAUAGAAUAUUUCCCGGGGUUCAGGAUAAAUUAACUAUUGAGGUGCCUAAGAAAUUGGGUGUGGUAUUAGCUCAAAUGAAGUCGGAUCAAACCAAAGCACAUCGGACAAUGCAACGGAGUCUAAGUAUUGGUUCGCCGCGUGAUUUCAAAAGAAGAGAAUCCGGAAUGAGGCUUCAGCGAUUCAAGGUCAGGACUAUCGAUGUAGAUGAUGUCGUUGAUCAAACUGCUAAACCCGGUGGUUCGAAAUAGAAUGUUGGAGACUCAGGAACAAGAAGACGUCCAAGUGAUCAAUGUCCUGUAGAAGGAUCGUGGUGGUGGAUAAAUAGCAAAUCAGGUUGUCCAUAGUGUGGUUUAGCUAAACUCGUGAAUGACGAGUUCGAUACCAAAUUAGGCUGCUCAUAGUGUUGUUUAGCUAAACUCCCCCUCCCCUUAGUAUAAAAAUAUCAAAGUACUAAAAAAUAAAAAACAAUAGCACUUAGAUUUUCCGCCUUACUGUAUAAUAGCACGCAUUAGCCACUUAGUACUAUGAUAUAUAGUGGUAUUUCUCUUCAUUUAUAAGUAAGAGGUUUUAGGUUCAAUUCUUGCCAAAAGUGAAUUUAAACCAAAUUAUUGCUAACCCAUUAUGAGGUUAAGCCCACCCCUCCUUUAGUGUAAAAAAUAUCAUUUGUUCAAAUAAAAAAAAAUAGCACCCAUUAAUUGGAGAUUAUCAA